UAUAUUUUUCUAUAAGUUUUUCUUCGAAUUUUAAUAAGAUACCGACACAAUAAUAAUCUCACUAUCGUGUGUCAUGAUAUACGUAUUUUCUUUCAUUACCAUCCCUUUGCUUUGUCAAUAUAUCAGUUUUCUUUACACCAUCUAUCCUAGGUUUUCGCACAAAAUAACCGGCAUCAAUAUUUUCGCACAAAAAAAUAAAGAAAAUGAAAACCCCAGAAACACACACGCACGCCCAAAGGGCAAGGGGGAAAGAAAAGGGUGGAAAGCCACCGCAGCAAAACCAAACCCUCUCGGCUUCCCCCCUCCUCCCCGCUCCCCUUCCCCUUCCCCUUCCCCUUCUCAUCCGCGGCGGCACGCUCAAGCUCAGGGACUCGCUACCGAGAUUGGUUCGAUCUUGCGAAGACUACACAUUUGUCUAGGUUUUUGGGGUUACCGCGAGGGAGCUGAAUUAGUUGGAGCCUUCGUGAUGGCGGGCGCGAAGGCGGAUGCAGACGCGGAAACGGGGGACGCCGGCGGCGGCGCAGCGGGCUUCGGGGUAGGCGGCUCCUUCAGCGAGCAGAGGCUGGUCGAGAAGCUCAACAAGCUCAACAGCUCAGCGGCGAGUAUUCAGACACUUUCACAAUGGUGCAUUUUUCACCGCAAGAGGGCCAAAAGGGUUGUAGACACAUGGGAAAAGCAGUUUAAUAGUGCAACGAAGGAUAAGAAAGUAUCAUUCCUGUAUCUAUCGAAUGAUAUCCUGCAAAACAGCAAACGCAAGGGAGGAGACUUUGUGAAUGAGUUCUGGAGGGUUCUACCUAGAUCACUGAAACAUUUCUAUGAAAACGGGGGAGAAGAUGGAAAGAAAGUAGUGGCAAGAUUAAUAGGAAUUUGGGAUGAACGCAAGGUUUUUGGGGCCCGUAUCGAAAGUCUGAAAGAUGGCAUUCUUGGUGACAACCCUCAUAUAUUGGAUAACAACGGGAAUAGUUCAAAUCCUAGCUCUAAUCCCCCUUCAAAUUCCAAAGUUUCACGGAAGGAUUCUGGUACAACAGUAAAAAAACUUACUGUUGGUGGGAUGCCUGAAAAGAUUGUGACUGCAUACCAAUCGGUCCUUGAUCAACAUUUUGAUGAAGACACAGCUUUAAACAAAUGUAAGAGUACUGUUGGUGUUUUGGAGAGGAUAAAUAAAGAUAUAAACGAUGCUAGCACCAAUGGUAAUCAGCCAGCAUCAACAUUGAUUUCUGACCUUCAAGAACAAGAAAUGACCCUAAAGCAGUGCAUCGAACAACUUGAAAGUGUAGAUGUGGCCAGGAUAUCCCUGAUCAAUCAAUUAAAAGAAGCUCUCAGCGAACAGGAGUCAAAGUCAGUGGUUCUUCGCAGUCAGUUGCAAGUUGCUCGAGCAGAGGCUGAACUUGUCAUUCAACUUAGACAACAACUGGGUGGUGCCCUUGCCACAAGCGCCACACAAUCUAGUCCUAGUCCGCUCAUGAUUACUCCACCAGAGAAAACAGCUGGUAUGGUGCAAGGUUCCGGAGUAAGGUCGACACCUCCACAGUCACAGCCACCGCCUCCAGCAACCUCACUUCCCCCUACGGUCAGUGCAGUGGGUGACGAGUCCAAGAGGUCGGCAGCAGCUAUGGCAGAUAAGCUUGCAUCUUUGUCAGCACCUGUGCUGAGCUCCAUUCUCUCAUCUCUUGCCGCUGAGCAAGCUGCUUCCAUAAAUGGCGGACCACCGUCUGGAGAAUUCUCUGGAGGACCACCAGGCUUCCAGAUUGAAAAGAGGCCUAGGCUUGAGAAGCAGGCCGGUGAUAUGGGUGUUCUUCCCUUUUUUGGGCAAGCACCACAGGUGCAACAACAGAUUGGAGCAGUGCCUACUACUCUUGGAGGCACGCAACCACCAACACCAGUUUCAUUUCCACCACCUCCACCGCCAUUGCCAUCUCUAUUGCCACCGCUUCUACAACAAUUUGGUCAAAAUACUGGUGGAAUGAUCGGAAUGGGAGGACCUUUCGGGAUGAUGGCAAGCUCUAUGCCACCUCCACCUCCUUUGUCCAACAUUAUGCCGGCAGGUUUCCCAGGACCAAGUGGGCCACCUCCUCCACCUCCACCUCCACCCGCUCAGAGCCAGCCCCAGCAGCAGCAGCAAUCUCCUCAGGCACCACAGCAGUCACCGACAUCAACUGGAUUCUUUCAAUCAUCAGGCAUGAGCUUCUUUCCUCCAGUGCAGGUGCAGCAAUCUCCAUCUGCCCAACGACAGUGAUUUAGUGGUGGCAUAGCAUUCAUGGGGCUAUAAAGGCAGCACCUUGUGCUAACUUUGUACAUUAAAAAAAAUCCCCGAGUAUCGAGCUUAUAUGUGACUGGUCCUGCAAGCGAAGCAGGACCAAUUGUCACGGAUUAGAAAGAUUUGUAGAAUAGGCGUGCGGCUUUUGUGAUGUAUAACUAAGUUCUUCCUUUUGGUCCGAGGAGUUGUCUGACUCUUCAUGGUCAUAUACUCAUAUGUUGUAGUUAGACUUUGCCUUUUCCUUUGCAUUGAUCUUCUGAGGCAAAAAGAAACCGACGUUGGCAUUGAUGCUUAAUAAUGACCCACUGUUAGAACAGUUUAAGGGCUGAAACAUCAGUAGAACUUACUGGUCAUAGUCACAUAGAUAUGAUGUGAACUGCAAAUAUUUGUGAUGAGAUUGUUUAAAUUUAAUUAUCAUUAUUCUGAAACCA